AUGAAGAACGUUUUACGGGCUGUGAGGCAGUUUAGAUCAGCACUUCGGUGUCGAGGGCACAUCCAAUCUAAUGGCUUUACACAAAGACGAGAGUUUUGGUUAAAUAAAACCCACUGCUCCAUAUACAACAUAUCCAACAGUACAGACUUUUAUCAUCAAAGACAUCUAUCACAAAUUAUUCACCGAGCUAUUUCAACUGAUGCAGCUAAAGUUGCCAAUGCAGAGCUCAACGGUGGAGGACCUCUUAUUGAAUAUGAACGAAGGGUGGCUGCUGGUGAACUUUUAGAUGGAGAUGCCUGCCAGCUAGGUACCUUGGGGGAGCUUCAAAGAUUAUAUGACGAGCUUGUUGAAAAUGCAGAAGCUUGCCGUUUGGAUCGGUAUGCUGCAAACGAGAAAGCUGGGAGGAGUAGGUGGUUAUGGUCUCGUUUCAUACCACAAAGUUCAUAUGCACCUGUUAAAGGGCUUUAUCUGUAUGGUGGAGUAGGAACCGGAAAGACUAUGCUGAUGGACUUGUUUUUUUAUCAACUACCUUACAACUGGAGGAAGAAGAGAAUCCAUUUCCACGACUUUAUGCUAAAUGUACACAGCCGUUUACAAAAGCACAAGGGAGUAUCAGAUCCUUUAGAAGUUGUUGCUGGUGAACUUUCAGAUGAAGCUAUAUUGUUAUGCCUCGACGAGUUCAUGGUGACAGAUGUUGCAGACGCCUUAAUUCUUAACCGUUUAUUUAGACAUUUAUUCAGCAAUGGAGCAAUUCUUGUUGCUACUUCAAACCGAGCCCCAGAUAACCUUUAUGAAGGGGGACUCCAAAGGGAUCUAUUUCUUCCGUUUAUUGCCACUCUAAAGGAAAGAUGUGUGGUUCAUGAAAUCGGCUCAUCUGUGGAUUACCGAAAAAUGACAUCGGUAGAUAUAUUGUUAACUGAAAUGAACAGCAAAGAGUACUUGGAGCAACAUGCCGAAGCUGUGGCCGAAAAGGAUAAUGAGAAAGCCUUACAGUCUUAA